UAUUUUAUAUGUCGCGGCUCCCACAAAUGGGAACCAGGGGUCUUCUUUUACAAGUAAAACGGAAGUCGUCUGCUACGAUCAUAUCACAUUUUAUCACUGUUCAUAUGACCUAUAAUAAACGUCUAUACAUUGAAGAGAUCGCGCACGUGCCUAGUUUAUUUUUUUUAUCUAGUAAUGAUACAUAUAGAGAUCAAUGAGAACUGUGCCAGGUUCCUGGUGAAACUUUCAUAUAUCAGAUAGUGUUGAUUAGAUGAUACAUUUCCUCGUAUCGUUUACAUUUCUUAGAUUAAAUGUGAGUUUUACGCAGCUCCUGAAGAGUAAACACACCAGUCUAUCCCAUCAAUCUCUGCUGUAGAAAUUUACUCUGCUUCAAGAACAUUUGAAAAUAAAAUCUGUCACAAUUUUAUCUUUGAUGCAGCAAUAUUUGUCUGGACUAGAAACAAGAUACAUUGUUAUUGUUCCACAAACAUAUUACAUACAUUCCGCGUUCUUAUGUUUCUAUGACAACAAUUUUUAAUGGAUUAUUAUUUUAUUUUACGAUAUGACUCAUUUAUGUUGUUAUUGAUACUGGCCGCUGGAGCUUUACAAAAAGUUGAUGCAAACGAAAUAUAUCAUAUAACGGAUCUUGGAACGUUAAAAGGGAAAACACAAAGUGUGAGUUUCGGAGGGAAGUUUAAAAGUGUCACCAGUUUUCUUGGAAUUCCAUAUGCUAAACCCCCUAUUUGUGAAAGACGAUUUGCGAGACCAGAACGUUAUGGUAGUUUGAAAAGUUUUGGGAUAUACAAUGCUUUAUAUUAUCGAUCAAGUUGUAUUCAGUUGGCAACUUAUCUUUAUAUGAAACAUUUUAGUCAGAACGAGGAUUGCUUGUAUCUUAAUAUAUUUGUUCCUGAGGUUCCAGAACCACUGAUCAAUUCUCACAAAUAUGCUGUAAUGAUUUAUAUUCAUGGCGGAAGUUUUGCCGCCGGUGGGGCUGAUGUAUAUGCUGGUGACAUUCUUAGUGCGUUUAAUGACGUCAUUGUUGUGACGAUUAAUUAUCGACUAAAUGUCUUCGGUUUUCUCAGCAAUGGCGAUAAAUCCUCUGGAAAUUUUGGGCUUUGGGAUAUGAAGAUGGCUAUCGAGUGGGUGCAUGACAAUAUCGCGGAUUAUGGAGGCGAUCCCUCCAGAGUGACGUUGUUUGGUAAUUCGGCUGGUGGGGGCGCUGUACUCUAUCAAGCGAUCAAUCCUGAUAACCGAGGUUUAUUUCAUAGAGUAAUAUCACAAAGUGGAACAUGUUUUGCAUUCUGGGCGUUGCAACAUAAUCCAGUUCAUAACUUUUAUACGUAUCUAAAUAAGACAGGGUGUAAUCUCGGCAGUUAUUCAGAUCAGUUAGCAUGUCUACGUAAAUUGCCAACAGAUAAAUUAUUUGUUUCAAACACUUUAUUUGUACCUGUCGUUGAUAAUGACUUUUUAUUAGAAGACCCAUUAACUCUAUCAAAAGCUCAAACUGAUGCUGGUAAAAAAGCUAUGGACUUUUAUUCGGAUUUAGAUCUUUUAAUUGGUGUUCUUAGUCAAGAUGGAGCAUACGCGAAAGGUAGCUGGAUUAAUGCUGAAGAAAAUAUAAACGGAGUGUCAAGGUCAUAUUUCACAGAAAAGUUUGUUCCCCGGAUGUUACAUGAAGUUUACCACAAAUUUCAAUCAACGCUUGUAACAUCGUUUGUUAUCCACCAGUACACGAACUGGACAGCCCCAAACAAUACUCUACUGAAUAGAGAAAACGUUAUUGACCUGGAAUCAGAUGUUACGUUUUUCAUUCCUGCAAUACAUGCUGCAAAAACACACGCUCGUGUAGUACCUAAUCAUGAUGAUAGUAGAAAUAAUACGUACUUCUAUCUAUUUGAUCAUAAACCAGACUUCGCCCCUAUUCCAGACUGGUUGACCGGGGCUACACAUGCCAUGGAAUUACCUUUUAUAUUUGGUUUCACAAAAGCUCUGGAGAUAAAGAUGACGAUGGAUUAUGAAGCUGUUGAUCCUUUUGUUACUUCACAACAAGACAUUCAGUUUUCAUAUCAGCUCAUGACAUAUUGGACUAACUUUGUAAAGUCAGGGAACCCAAAUAUGGAUGGAACAGAGACUUCAAUCCAAGGAGCAGACCUUAUAGAGUGGCCUCCGUAUACAUUGGACACACAGCUAUAUUUAACUCUUAAUCCAAAUAUGACGUCAUUGUCGGUAAACCAUCACAUCAUUGCCUCGCGUGCGGCAUUCUGGGAAAAUAUAACUCCCUUACUGGAUGAGUGUAACUCAAACUCCGCCUCACUUUAUUUUACAUUUAAUAAAUGGAUUUUAUCUUUCUAUGUAUAUCUGUAUUUAAAUAUAUAUUAAUAGGUUAUAUGUAUUUUAAUUUACAUUUUCAUAGACAUGUUUGUAUGUGUGUUUACAUUUAAAUAGAUGAUAUAAUACUUAGUUUAGAGAUAAACGAAUCAUAAAGUGAAGUGAACAACGUUACAUUUCCUCGUGUUUUCCCCUUUUUUUAAAGAAAUAGGUCAAGAUGUAAGAUCUUUCUUGUUCUAUGUAAAGUCGAAAUAUACAAGGUAAUUAGUCCCGAUGUUUACCAAUCUUCAGUCUGUAGAUAAUUGGUAAAUUUAGAACAAUACAAAUGUUAACUUUGUUGUUCAUGCUCACUACCAUGGAUAUUUUAAAGAUAACACAAUUACAGUCAUUCCGACAAAAUGGAAUGAAGUCAUCGAGCAUACAUACUGUAUAAUGUACAUGCUGUUGUAGUAUAUGUAAAUUGUUCCGGUUGUAUUUUGUAUUUUGGAUUUAUUACCAAUGAUGAGAAUUAUUAUUUUAAGGAAAGUCGUCUUGAACAUAAUUUUAUAUAGGAAUGAUUUGAAAUUGGUUGAAAUAAAGAAACAAUGAAAUGUCCUGUGAUCUAUUUCGAAGGAAGUGAGUUCUGCCUUCUGUUUUCCUACGAUAACGUACCGUCCACCUCGCAGUUUGUUGAUUUUAAGUUUACUUUGACUUUGACACGGUUAUUUUUAUACGAGGGUCAUUUAAUACGUUCUGUCACUGGAAUAAAAUAUUGUAACCGCUAAAAUGUUUUCUUUUUCAAACCUUCAAGGAAUUCUACCCUCUACUGCAAUGUACUUUUGUAAUUCGAAAAACUUAAUGAUAAUCUUCUUUUGGAAUCUGUCGCAGGCACUGAUUAAUUGCGCUGCCAAGAGAAUUCCUGGACAAAUAUCUUGCACCAGAAAGUAUUUUAUUAAGCCUGGGAAACCGAAAGAAGUCGCAAGAAUAAGGCGGAUGGUUUAAACUUUAACAUUUUCAGACGACAAGAAAGACUUAACACUCUUGUUUUUAGAGCAGAGGCAUUGUCAUGUAUGCGAUGGACUUCUGACCAUCCCUUGUUUGGGCGCUUUUUAUUGUAAAACGUCUUUUUUCAAUUAAGAUUUAUGUAGA